GGAGGAGCGGCUGCAAAAAUGACUCAGUAAGUUCGGCGGCCGCUCGGCCUCUGCGCCUCCGGUGCCAGCGCCCCGGGAUGUAUUCCUCCCCGCUCUGCCUGACCCAGGAUGAGUUCCACCCGUUCAUCGAGGCGCUGUUGCCGCACGUGCGCGCCUUCGCCUACACGUGGUUCAACCUGCAGGCGCGGAAGCGCAAGUACUUCAAGAAGCACGAGAAGCGCAUGUCCAAGGACGAGGAGCGCGCGGUGAAGGACGAGCUCCUGGGCGAGAAGGCCGAGGUGAAGCAGAAGUGGGCGUCCCGGCUGCUGGCCAAGCUGCGCAAGGACAUCCGGCCCGAGUGCCGCGAAGACUUCGUGCUGGCUGUGACCGGCAAAAAGGCACCAGGCUGCGUGCUGUCCAACCCUGACCAGAAGGGCAAGAUGCGGCGCAUUGACUGCCUGCGCCAGGCUGACAAGGUGUGGCGCCUGGACCUGGUCAUGGUCAUCCUGUUCAAAGGCAUCCCGCUGGAAAGCACGGACGGCGAGCGGCUGGUAAAGGCGGCCGCGUGCGCGCACCCGGUGCUGUGCGUGCAGCCACACCACAUCGGCGUGGCCGUCAAGGAGCUGGACCUGUACCUGGCAUACUUCGUGCGUGAGCGUGAUGCAGAACAGAGCAGCAGCCCCCGGACUGGAGUGGGCUCCGACCAGGAGGACAGCAAGCCCAUCACCCUGGACACCACGGACUUCCAGGAGAGCUUCGUCACAUCUGGUGUGUUCAGCGUCACGGAGCUGAUCCAGGUUUCCCGGACACCUGUAGUGACAGGAACCGGACCCAACUUCUCGCUGGGAGAGCUGCAGGGCCACCUGGCCUACGACCUGAACCCGGCUGGAGCUGGCAUGCGGAGGACUCUCCCCAGCACAUCCUCCAGUGGGAGCAAGCGGCACAAGUCGGGCUCCAUGGAGGAGGAUGUGGACACGAGCCCCGGCGGCGACUACUACACCUCGCCCAGCUCGCCCACGAGUAGCAACCGCAACUGGACCGAGGACAUGGAAGGAGGCAUCUCGUCGCCGGUGAAGAAGACCGAGAUGGACAAAUCUCCGUUCAACAGCCCGUCCCCCCAGGACUCCCCCCGGCUCUCCAGCUUCACGCAGCACCACAGGCCUGUCAUUGCGGUGCACAGCGGGAUCGCACGGAGUCCCCACCCGUCCUCAGCCCUGCACUUCCCCGCGACAUCCAUCCUGCCGCAGCCGGCGUCUACCUACUUCCCCCACACGGCCAUCCGGUACCCACCACAUCUCAACCCCCAGGACCCCCUCAAGGAUCUGGUGUCCCUGGCCUGCGACCCGGCCACUCAGCAGCCUGGACCGCCUGCUCUCCGCCCGGCACGUCCCCUGCAAACCGUCCCUUUGUGGGAUUAGGAUGGAGGGAUCCUCUUGCGGGACAGUCCUGGUACCUGGGAUAGCUGGGAUAGCGGAGUUGGCCCUCCCACGCCUGCAUUGCGGCGGAGUCCCGGAGGUGAUGGCUCCCGCCUGCGUUUUCAGUGGAAAUUUAGAAGGAGCGAGAAGCUCCCUGCCGACUCCCAGCGCGACGGAAAAGACAGACCCACAGGAGGAGAAAAGGACAAAAGACAAACAGGAAAAAAAAGAAAGAACCUUCCCAACCAAGAUGACAAAAGGUGGGAGCUGCGGGUCUCCGUGGUACCUGCUGCUGAUGGACGGCCGCCUGCUGCCCUUCUGCGCCCGAGGACCCUGCCGUCACCCCCAGUACAGACGAGCCUGGCCUGGCACCCAUGCCCAGCAUCAACAGAUGGACAGCGUGUCCGGGGUGGGCCGCCCAGCCAGGCCCUGUCUCCCCAGACCCCUGCCGCCAGCCACCAGCGCCAGCCUCGGGGACCUCCGCUGGUGGUCCCCACCGACGGUGUUUGCCAAAGACAGGGUGCUGGAGGCAGUGCUGGCGGAGGAGGUGGGCGUGACCCCCGGCGCGGGCAGCAGAGGCCUGGAGAGCACGCGGAGCCGCCCAGCACUGGCCCUGCUGGACAGACGGUGCCACAGGUACUUUGGGACCCCCGGGAGGGUUCUGCGCCAGCCUCCGCCUCAGCCCUCUGGUCCCCUCUCCUUGCGGACCUCGUUUGGAAGGACACAUCUCUAUGCAAUUUGUCCCCAGCCCCACCCCGGCAUGAGAGGCCUCGCAGCUCCCCACCCCCGGCCUCCUCCUCUCACACAUGGGAAGUAUCAGCACUUUGAGAAACAGAGGUGGGGGAGCAGGAGCCCCCACGCCGAGGCCCCCGGAGGCGGGAGGUGCCACUAAGUGCCUAACCCCUCCGCCCACCCGCCGACCCCCUCAUCCAUCAGGGACACAGAGUGGCCGGGGCACCCCCACCCUCGUCCCCGCCCACCCCAGCCCCUCAUCGCCGCCUGUACCCUCCAAGCUAGAGAGAUGGGACCCCAGGGGUAGAGCUGGGUGUCCCUAAACCCAGGCUGGGGCCGUGUGCUGUCCCCCAACACUUCUGCCAGUGCCUUACUUCCUGGAGACCCACCCUGGGGUGCCCCACUGCAGGGGAUGCCCCCUUUGCACUUUGACCCCCUGAUGACAUGGGGCCCGGCACAGGGACCAAGAAGGCUGGUGGAAGUGCGCUCGGACCCGGGUGGUGGGGGGGCUGUGCAGUGAUGGGGAGACUGGGCGGCGGGUUCCCCAUCUGCUCUGCCGACUUCACUGACCUAACAAAACACUAAAACGGGGCGCGAGGUGCGUGCCCCAGACCCCCGCUCUGUAGCUCCCAUCCACACCCACCCGGGUCCCCAUCUCUGGUGGACCGCCCUGGGAGGGGAGGUUGGGUUUUUUUAGGGUCACUGAACCCACAAAGGCUCCUCUUCCCCAAACCCCCCAUCUUGGCCUCAUCCUGCCUGUGUCCCUCCCCUGCCUACGGAGGCCGCAAGCCAUCGCCGCAGCGGAGCCCCAGGGCCAGGCCUCAUCCACCCACCUGUCCGUCUGUCCUCAGGGACCCUCCAGCAGGGGGACCAUUGGGGACAUCGCGGGGGUCACUGUCCAGAUGUGGGGCUCGGGCCAGUGAGUGUGGGACAGGCUACACCCAGGGUGGACCUGUCGGUCCCCUCUGACCCCCCCCAAGCCAGCCAGCCGGGUCCCCCAGGGGUCAGGACAAAACCAACUAUUUACGUAACUGCAUGGUGCUUAAGGCCCCCCGCCGACACCCGAGAGUCCCCCGGGCUGCUGCGUGCAUGACAGCUCCACCCGGUCUGCCCCACCCGCCGAGCCCCUCACCGCCUCUACUAAAAAAGGAAAAAAAGGAUACACAAAAAAUAUAUAUAUAUAUCCUUACCAAAAAAAAAAAAAAAAAAACAUUAUUUCCGAAUUU